UUGACCGUUUUGGAUUUGUGGUGGUGUGUUAAAUUGACCUUGUUUAAAUGAUCUGCUUGAAUUAGAGUCCCCGUUUUCCAGGUGGCUGUGCCCUUACUGCUAGUCCUGAAAUCUUCUUGCCUGCUUGCGUCUGGGAAUUUAACUUUGAGAGGAAGAGAGUGAAUAUGAAUACGUGAAAAAUAAGAUGGUCCCUGGCCAGAUGAAAACUUCCUCAGAACUUUUUAGUAAGUCUGAGAAAGAAGACACUGAGAUUCCUAAUAGCCAUGGAAGAGAGACAGAGCCGCUAGAAGAAUCUACUGACCUGGAGGAGAUCAUGAGUGCAGGAGAUGACUGUUGCCUGAUAACUCUCCCCUUGAAUGACCAGUCUGCACCGCCUCAAAGAAAUACAGCUGAGAGUCCAUCUGAAAAACUGAAACUGGAUGAUACACAACAAGAAAUUACUUCAAAACAUGAGCAUUCUUCCGAUUUACAAGAACCAUCAGUUAAAAUUCAGUCUCCUAAAUUAAGUGGCAAAUCUAGGGCAGAUUCUGCUUCCAGGGAUGACAGAAAGCAAGAAACAAGUGUGUCAGUAAUAUACUAA